AAUUGCAUUUUAACUUUUUGUUAUAUAAGCAUUCCCCUCUUCCCAGGGCAUAAAUUUGAUAAUAGCUUUUAUUUUCUAGCACUGUUUGCUGAGCUAUUUGCAACAAACAUGUGAGAUAAUAAGCAUAAUAAGAUAAUAAUAGUAAGUUUUCCCUCCUUGGACAUUAAUGUUAUUUUGUUUACUCUUAAGCUCGUGUAAGCAUAGAGUGAACGGCCUUGGAGUUAUGAAACCCUGGUUUUAAACCCUGUCUUUGGCACGUACUACUCGUUUGGCUCAGGCAGAGAUUUCUGUGUGACCCUAUACAUUGCAGAGCAGAGAUAGUUACUACAGGUAUUAGGCAGAUGGAGGAAUUGAGAUUUAGCUUGGUUGUGCCUUGGAUAAAUUCAGUUCAGCAAACAUUAAUACAAAGAUGAAAAAUGAAAGAGCUCUUGCCGUCAGAGAAUUUAGAUUCUUCCAGGUCAAACAGCCCAGAAAUCUUAGAGCUUAGUCCCAAAUCCCAGAAGUAGAGCUAGAUUGCAUUUCUCCCAUCGUGUUAUUUAUCAUUGCUACUUAGUGCCUCUUUGAAUUCUAAACUAGGAAAAAACUUUGGGAAAAUUGUUCAGCUUUCUAGAGCUUGGAAACAGGUGGUUGAGAAGAUAAAAUUUGCUAUGAAUAAUGUACCUGUUAACCUUGAAGUGCUUCUUUUGAAGUCAAACCAGGGCUCACGACCUUAAAUUCCUAUUCAUAUGGCAAUGACCAAAGCUUGUGGAAAGAAACCAUGCUGAGUGAGGACAUGGUCCAAACGGGGGACUGUUUCGAUCUUUACAAAUCACAGGCAAACUACAAGAAACAAGGAAUGGACACCCAGUUAUUCAGUCCUUUGCUGGGUGAAAUUGCUAAUACACCACCUCUGGAAUCUUCAGGUUUAUAUAGUAACUGGUCAGUUUAUGGAGAUGACACUAGCCCACCCACCGCCUUUCAAGAUUAUACCAAUAAAAGGGCACAGAUCAAUUUAUCUUAUUCCAAAAAUGGCCCUGACACAUUUGGAUUGGUUUCAAGCAUUUUGGAAGAGCCAAAUAAUUCAGAGCCUGUUACAGACUGGAAUUCUUUGUCCAGACUCCUUCCUCCCACAUGGACACCUACCUUUGAUGGUAAUUAUUCAGGAUAUCCUCUCAAGAACUCUGUUGAAGAUUUUCCAAACUUCAUUGAAACACAGAAUUUCAAUCAAGGGCACUUUCAGACCUCACCCGAUAUAGAAAACUUACAAAGCGCAUUUGAUGACCUUAGAUUGGUAGAGUCUUGGCUUUCUCCUUCAGACUAUUCUAAUCAGCUACCUGAUAAUAUUUUCAAAAGUUCUUACGUGGAUAAUUCAACUUUUAAAGCCAGUACUGUUAUUCAACCAAAAGGAUUCCCUUUGCAGAAUGCAGAAUUUAGUCAAAGUGAGACUAACUACAAGAAAAUGAAAUUAAAUAAUGAUUAUGAAAAGAACUGUUCUGAUCUUAAUUCUUAUUUUCAAAGUAAAUAUAAAGAUGAUGCUGGUAUUCAAAAGGAAUCCUGGACACCAGAUAGAGCAAAUGAGAAGGUAAUGAAAAUUAAUACACAGGAACAAGUGAAGUGCUCCAAUGAUUUGGACAGUCCAGGUGCUGAAUCAUAUAUAUUUCAUGAAAGCCAAUUGCUUCCUAAAAUAAGUGAAGAUAUGAUACCUCCUCAGCAAGUACAGUUGUCUAUUCCAUCUCCCCUGUGCUUUGUCAAUCAACCAUUUUCUGAAGGAAAUUUGUCAACAGUAGUCAACAGAAAAUCCCAGGAAACCAGCUCACUGAAUGAUCCCAGCAACUUCAACUUUAUGAGCAGCUUUGAAGAUAAUGGUUGCCAAUUUCCCAUAAAUUCCAGAGAAAUUCCCUUGAAGCCCCUUGACUAUGAUAUGUCUAUAAGUGCUGCUUUACCGAAUGGAAACUGUCAAUCGUUCUUCAGGGAGCAUGUUUGGGUGGAUGGCAACAUGUUAAAUCCACUUCCUGUGGCAAAUUCUGCAUUUGUGAAGCCAAUAGUGUCAAGCUGUCAACCUUCUUCUGGAGUGCCAGUUUUGUCUGGUGGCACUCCCAUUCACCAGCCUUUGAUUUCUCCUUCAUAUUACCCGCAGACACCACCAGUACCCUUUUUCAGGACGGAAGAAAGGUUACAAAUACCAAAUGGUGUUCAUAAUGGUUUGAGAUUUCCAAAUCCUGACAUUAAAAAUCAGAAGCCAAAUAUACAAACAGGAUGUUUCCCUCAUGAUCCAUUGGCUCCCAAGGAUCAUCAUUAUUGCAAAAUUCCUGCUCAUUUGUCAUCCAGCUGCAUGUCGCAGCACAGUGCUGCUAGUGAACCUCCUGAUAGGUACAGAAUCCGCAAAAAACAGAACCUAGAUGAUAGAAAAAGGAAGAGGAACUUGAUUCCCCAACCUAGCUAUGCAGGUCAGAAUCGUCAGCAGUUUAAUGUUUUCCGAAAGAAACAAGAAAAGAGUAGCGUUAACGUGUCAGAUUUUGUCAAUCCUUCCUUCCUUCCUGCUUUCCCUUUAGUGUCAGAGCUUAAACAAAACCCUAAUUUUACCCCAUUUAAUCCUCCUCCUCCCUUUAUGCCAACAGCUAACUUUACUUUCCCACCAUCAGCAUUUCCCUUUUCAGAGCUUGUUGAUGUUUUUCAUUAUCGUGACUUUAACAAUUUGAAUCCCUUCGCUAGUGACUUGUUUUGUAGGGAAGUAACACCACCAUGCUUUGCCUUUCCACCACCUUUUAACAAAUACCGACCGCCAAGAAAUCGGAGUGGGCCUGCCAAUGAGCUUCAUGCCCAACUGGAUGAGUGCUGUGAGCAGUGGAGAGCUCUAGAAAAAGAACGGAAGAAGACUGAGGCAGAUCUUGCAAGAAACUUUCCAGGAAAAAGGGUCUCUAGUUCAAAUAACACUCCUGUUUCCCGACUUCCUGCCAAUCCUUCCCGAGUCGAUCGCUUAAUUGUGGAUCAGUUAAAGGAACAAGCCAGAAUUUUGACCUUACUAAGAAAGAUGGAAAAGCUUCGUGGUAGCCCUGUCCAUGAAAAUAUAUCUAUUACUUUGGAACGCCAUUUAGAAGCCAUUCAUGCUACCCAAGCCAAGCGUAAAGAUGAACUUAUUAAUGCUGCUAACCCUCCACCACAAGGAAUUCGUUAUAAUAAUGAAAAAGAUCUCCUGGCUCUGGCAUUGGUCAUUAAAGAACUUGCCCUUGCUACAAGGAAGACACGGACUGCUUUAUGGUGUGCAUUGCAGAUGACUCUGCCCAAAACUUGCUUCAACCUGCCCGUGAAACAGGAAGAGAUUGAAAGAGUGUUACAGGAACUGUGUCCCCAAAAUACUGGUGCCCAGGAGAAAAUAAUUGUUGAGCUUGAAAGUCAUAGAAUAGAAAAGGGAAGCAGAGAGCACAAAGUAAAUUCUUGAGCUUAAAAAUCCUGGAGACAAAAGCACUUUUUUUGUAAUUAUGAGAGUUUCCAGGUUCUCAGAAAAAAAAAAAAAAAAAAAAAAAA